AUUGGAGUCUUUUGUGGUCUUUUCAUACUUUUAACAGCUUUAAACUACUAAUUGAUUUAACGUUACCCAAGCUAAUGCGUGUACUACAUUGUCAGUUAGCUACAUAAGUACAUAAAUAGUAUAAACAUGCGUAAAGUUUACUAUAAUACUUUGAAUUUAUUAAUUUUGCAUCCUUUUCUAACUUAUCAAACAUUUGCAUGGCUGUGUUGAACAGAGCUCCGUGUGUGUAUCACGUGUUUGUGACGUAUAAGGAAGUUCCGCGUUGCAAAGAAGCUAGUUAGUCUGCUAACGGUUUCUCCGUGGUUUUAAGGUUGUUUUAUCACGCAAAAAAGCGACCGAUGUCAGAAAUUAAGUGGUUUCCACGAUGAAAGCGACACGGUUAUAUUUGUUGUUACAUGUGUUGUCGACCACCGCCGUGCUGGUAAACACGUUUGAUCCGGUCACAACAACCGUAGUGAUCGGUAUCGGUGCGUCUCUGGGCCGGACGAUCUACAAUUAUUUACAUGAAAGUUGCGAUUCGAAAUGGAUAGCCUUCAAUGCAACAGCUCUCGAGGUUGACCUGAGCAGAAAACUGUUUGGACAGCACAUUGCAUCACGUAUCAUCUUAAAAGCUGUGAAUGGAUUCAUGAAAAAUGCAAACCCAAAGAAGCCCCUGGUGCUCUCUCUGCAUGGAUGGACCGGCACAGGGAAGAACUUUGUCAGUAAGCUGAUUGCUGAAAGCAUUUACAAGGAGGGAAUGGACAGCAACUUUGUUCAUGUUUUCACAUCCACACUUCACUUCCCACAUCCAAGUCAAUAUCUUACAUACAAGUCUCAGUUACAGCAGUGGAUCAAAGGGAAUGUCACCAACUGUGAACGCUCCAUGUUCAUCUUUGAUGAGAUGGACAAGAUGCAUCCUGGCUUGAUCGACAGCAUUAAGCCAUACCUGGACUACUAUGACAAGCUGGAUGGAGUUUCUUAUCGAAAAGCCAUCUUCCUCUUCCUCAGCAAUGCUGGUGGCGACAGCAUCGCACAGACGGCUUUAGAUUUCUGGAAAGAAGGACGAAAUCGAGAGGAGAUCGAGCUCAAAGACCUGGAAAUGUUGCUCUCUCUGUCAGUGUUCAACAACAAAGAGAGUGGCUUUUUUCGUACAAGUUUGAUCGACAAGAACCUGGUGGACUUCUUCGUCCCGUUGCUGCCUCUGGAGUACAGACACGUCGUCCAGUGUGUCAUGGCUGAGAUGAAAGACAGAGGAGUGGAGCCUGACCAAUAUUUGGCGGACAAACUGGCCAAAGAUUUGGUCUAUUUCCCCAAAUCUGAAAGAGUCUUCUCUGUCAAAGGUUGCAAGACGAUAGAAAGCAAGCUGGACUACUACACAUAAUAUCACCGUGGGAUGGACGGUACAUGCACUUUUUUUAAUAAAGAAAACUGCUCUCAGCCAAAUGACUGAAGAGAGGAAGUCCAGCUGACUGAACUCUUUGGAGGUUUCUCUGUCUGACCUUGGGGCCAUGAAGAGGGUCGGCAGGCCUUCUCCAAUGUUUCCUCUUGCUUACACUGAAUGAAGGAACUGAUGAAAGUGCUCAGCACUAGUUUAGUGACGAAAUAAUAGGAUUGGAAUAUUAUCCUUUGUAACUGAAUAAGGGAUUUGAUAUCUGCUUUUAUGUCACAACGAGAGUUUCAAAGACGGUGCUGUUUUCCUGAGAGAUUCAUAAUGACUACAUGUGUCCUGAAACAGACACGUUACUGUUUUGAAUUUGUUUUUCAAUCUGUACUCCAUGUACAUGGAUUACUGGAAAACAUCUGCCUUAAGUUUUUACUGUCACGAUACACAUGUCCACUGUAAAUACGAGUUCAUUAGCAGUGUCGGACUUUGUUGGGUUGUCAGCACUGCAGAGCCGCUCCUAGAAAGUUCUCACUGUUCAAACGCAACAAUACAUAAUUCAGAUGUAAAUUUGAGUGGAUACUUGGAAUUUCUUUUUUUUUUUUUAAUGAGCUGCAGUGGGAAACUUCAUGAACUCAGGAUAAUAUUCUCACAACACACAUGAAAAACAAUUUUACCAAGACUUGAUUUUUCUUAUCUUCAAAGAUGCAGACUGUUCAGAAUAUAACAUUUGAAUGAUAUUGUGUAUAAGAUUGGUUGAUUGAUUUUAAAAGAGGUAAUAAUUGUGCCCCAAUCCAGUCAAAAUGUUUUUUUUUAAAGCAGAAUCCUGUCUGUACUAUAAUUUGUCUUUUAAAGAGGAGGAAGUGUUAAAUCAUACGUAGACCUGCCCAGACAUUGUGAAAAAAGUUGUUCUGUUGGUUUCUCAAACUCUGACAGUUUGCUGUGACUGUGGAGAAACACUGUAGGUGUGGAUGUAAAGCUGAUAUUAUCGAGCUGCUUUGCUGUAAACACUACCAGGAAAAAAAACAUCACAAAUAAAAUAAGAAAUUUUUA